AUGCAGCAGACAUGGAAGGAUCUGUUCUCGCAAUCCUUUAAAAUAGGGGGCAGUGGCGAUGAAAGAGACAGCUUAAUUGUCACCCCUGACGAUAUCUUAGAGCCCUCUCAUCUGGAUAUAUGUGCAAAUGAGCACUGGCAAACCAUUGAGGAGCCAUUUGAUGCUGAUGAUUGGAUCUUUCUGCCAUAUCAGACAAUCAACCUUAGCAUCCUUGGCCUAAAGUCAACUAUGACUUGGUCCUUUGAGGAUACUAAUCUUCCCAAGUUCCAAGAUGACAAGGAGACAGUUUUGGGAUGGCAGGCUUGUGCUCAUGACAGCCUGACCUGCUGGCAUGGUAAAAGCAUCAACGAUCGGGAAUGUAUGGUGGCUCAUGUGAGCGCCUCACAGCUUGCUGCGAGAGGGGUGUCCUUGCAGGCCCUGCUUCAAACCAAACAAGUUUUUGUAACCAGCAUGGAAGAAAGCAGUCCCUGGGAGUGGGACAUAGAUUCCAUGAAAAAGAUCGGCAAUGUAGAUGUGCCCUGGGAAGUACAAGGUGGAUAUGCAGAGCCGCUUGUGGAGUGCCUCUCUGAUAUACUAUUCAAGACCAUUCUACCAGGAGCAAGAAAGACAUGGAGCUUCACAUCGAAUGGGGAUCGAGAGAGCAAGGGUCUGGUGCUUAACGCACUCUACUUGCCAAGAGCAGAGAGGCUGCUGGUUGAGACACCGCAUGCAGAGCCAGUCAUGAGUCAAUCCAUUGCGUUUGAUCAAACUAGGGAAGUGCCCACUGACAUCUUCAACAACCACUAUCCCAAGGAUGCCACAUGCUUCGCCUUGGCCUCCACCAUGGCAACUUUCAGUUAUAUCCAUCAUGAUGGCAUGAGUGUGAGAACUGUCAUCCAAGUACUGACAGGCAAAAAGAUAUGGUUUUUCUUCUGUAGGGUGGCAUGCUGUAUUCAGGACACACAUGUGGACGAGUUCAUGAAUGAUUGGGUGCCAGGGUUCAUACCUGACCCUACUGAGUGGGAGGCAGAAGUUGUGGUCUUGGAGCCUGGCACAGUCCUUUUCAUGUGCCCAAAUACUCAUCAUGCAGUGAUCACUCUCAAGAAUUGCAUUGUGUUGGGACAGCAUUUCUACAUGAUGAGCUGCAUACAGGAUACUGUCGCAGGCCAAGUGAUAUGUGGCCCAACAGGCUGGCAAGGUUCAGAUGUCCAUGUACCUGACAUUAGUACCCAACUAGGAUUACUGGAUGUCAUUGCUUUGGGUAAUUUUUGCAUCUUCGCAUUGGCUUUGAAUGGCGAGUGUAAGGAACCAACCAAGGAUGGGGUGCAUCUCGCUAUUACCUCAUACAAGGAUAUAAUUCGCUUUGCCACCUGUCACUUCAUCCUUUAUGGUCCCAAUGGCAUCCCCAAGACGCCAUAUGGCUUGAAUGAUGAUAUGGAUGACCCAGUGGACAAUACAACCUUAUGUUCCAUAGUGCAGGGGGUUCUGUGGGAGUUGUUUGGCACUUCUUACACUGGAGAAGAUCUCCUCACUGCUUCAAAGAUGGACUUGUGUUUUGAUCACCAGAAGUGGGACACAGAGUGGCCUGCAAUGGCACAAGAGGUGGAUGCUGUCGUGGCCACCUCUAUAAAAGAACAUCACAGAGAUUGUAAUGCCCCCAUCAAUGGGGAGAAGUACAUCCAGUUGGCAAGAUCCAAGGACCAAGGGCAGGGAUGGGAAGUCGAUGCAUACACCUUGGCCCGGUCUGAUUUUGAGGCAUUAUCAGAAGGGGGUUCUGUGCCCUCAACAGUCCUGCAGUGUCUGUUAAAGAGCAUAAUAUUGGAGCACAAUGCAUCACAUCAAGAGGGUUGGUUCAUGUGGCCAGGUAUGGACUACCAUUGGGGGCAGUCAUAUGCUGAAGAAGUUGAGAAGAACAUGGCCAGGCCAGGAUACUGUUGCAGUUGGAUGCUAUGGGAGCACAAAUCAGGCCACUGGAUUCUGAUCCAAAUCGAUCUGAAUGUCAAGUGUUUCACUGUAUGGGACAGCAGACAAGCUUUGGAUGCCUCACAGUCUCAGGCCAAUGACUGGGUUUUGAAAACACUUUUUGGCAUCUUUGACAACGUUGCAAACCAGGAUGUAAACCACUGGACUAUGACUCUUGAUAAGACAGCAGGUGUCAAAUUCCCAUAUAGUGGACUGUACACCUGCAUGUAUGCCUGGGUCAUCAUGCACAAUGGUGGCUUCAAAGAUCUGGACACAUCUAUUUGGAGGUUUGAAUCGAUCAGAGCAGUGCUGAGAGCCGAAUUCUUGGACUACUUGGUACAUUGGUAUAUAGAGAAUCUUGUAGUCAUCAAGUUUAAGAAUCACGUCAUUAAAUGUUUUACGAUGGAAAACGUGGAUUUGCGGAGGUUGAAGGAUACUUGA